AGAAGAAGAAGAAGAAUCCGACAUGGACUGAACUUUGGAUCCAGAGGAGGGCAGUAAUGCGGUGAAAACAAUGGCUGCAGAGAGACCUCAGAAAAGAAGAACUCCGCUGGUUUUCCGGGUUGACGUCUGUCUGCUCCUAAGAGGGAGUUCUGCUGUUCAGGAUGCUGCUGGUUCUGUCUGAAGAACAUAAAUUACACCUGGCCUUCUUACCGAAGGUAGACACUAAAGUGGUUGGAGAAUUUGGUCGUAUCACAAUGGAGUUCCUACGGAGAGGAACUAGCCCUAAGAUAUAUGAGGGAGCAGCCAGAAAACUGUGUGUUCCAGUCGAAAUAGUACAGCAUGGAGUGGAAGGCCUGAUGUUUCUGAUGUUAGAGAGCUCCAAACACAUGCUCACUGAAGUGGAUUUCUUGGACUCAGUCUUGGUGUUGGGGUUUGAUGAAGAGCUUAACCAGAUCCUCUUACAGCUCUACCUGAAGCACCGCAGUCAGAUCCGCAGUAUCCUGAGUCAUCUGCCUUCCAGUCUGCCUUCCUAUCACAACCUGGAAUGGAGACUAGAUGUACAGUUGGCGAGUCGUUCGUGCUGUCAGCAGGUGAUUCCUAUGCUGACAAUGCGUCUGCUCCUGACAAGAGGUUAUGACAGCCACAGUGAUUACAGCAGCAGAGUCCUUCAAACUGAUCCCAGCACCCUCCUGUAUCUCAUCUCCACACUGGAAGAAGCUUUGGCUGCCAUUAAAACAAGCCAUGCUCGCCGCAUAUUGCGCAACAUUAAAUAAUCCUCCCAGAUUGUAAUUUCCAUGUGACAUGUUCCUCCUGCCAUCUGCAAAACCACACAUUGCUGCCUUUAUACAUGGAAAGCACUUUUCUGUGUUUUUCAGUGUGGUGUGCAGUGCAGAUUUUUUUUGUUUGUUUUUUUUCAUUCUGUUCUGAAUGUUAACAUUUCUUAUUAUCUCGAGUCAGAUUGUUUGCCAAAUUGUAUUGACUAUUAUAUGCAGUGUUUCUGCAGUGAUUUUGAUAUUGCAUUAAAGUGUAACACUAUAAUAAUUCCAAUGCCAUUUUUAUGGUUUGUCAAAGCCAUGCGAAGGCACAGAUUCAUGGGUUUGUAGAUGACACCUGAAGUUUAGAACCUGCACUAACUAUGGAUGUGGAGCACAGGACUGCACUGUGGAAGGACCACUUCAUUUUCUGAUGCAGAUGGGCUGGACUGUCUUUCACAGCAUGCUAACACGAUUUUUAUCUGGGUUUUAAAUAUGUCACUAUUGUCCUCCACCCCUAAAUACAUCCCAGCUUCCCCUAUCAGAUAUCAGAUACCGGUUUAUACACCCCCCUGUCAAAAGUUGUAGGACACUUUCUCAUUCAAAUAAAUUAGAACCUGUCCUAAAACUUUUGACAGGGGGUGUAAAUAGAGAGGAUGAUUGUUCAGUGAACAUAGUGGAAAGCAUUCUUCGAACAACCACAUUAUUAUAGUUUCUCUCCACCAGGGUGAAAAUCCCAUUUCAUUUUUGGGAGGGACAAUAAACAGUAAAAUUUCAGAGAGUAAUUCCUGGGGAGGACAUGAAAAAAUUGCUCUCUCUCUCUCCUGCUCCUUUGGAACUUGCCUUGCAGGGUUGAGCUCUCGGCAUGUUAUUAAAAGUAAUAAUAGCAGUUACAGCAUUGUUCUGUUUUAGUGCAUAUUCUACCUGCAUACGGGUUUUUCUAUGUUCAACCAGCAAAAUCAACAAUGUUAUUAGAUGGAAGGUGGAAAUGAUACACUUUUAUGACCACACUAAACUCAAAUAAAGCUAAUAUGCAUAAUUAUCCAAGAUUUAUUUCCCCAAAGAAGCUGAAAAAGUUUUGUGACAAGUUUUUUUAACAAUCAAAACUGAACAAUCUUUGACUUUAAAAGAAAUCAGAUAUCUGUCAAACUGAACAUCUAGUGAUAAGUCAUGGUGAUAACUACUGGACUAACUACUAGCCUACAAAAAAUAAUAAAAAUCUUCAAAAUCUGAAUAUCUCUAUAGAAACAAAUCUAAUGUCAGUAAAAUAUAAAUUGGGCUUAUAUCUGACAUUAAUAUCCUGACAGAUGUUUUUGAAAAUCCUCUUGUCUGUAUUUUCUCCCCUCUUUUCGCUCAUCUAUUUUCCUAAAUUUUGCUCCUUUGUCUUGUUUUUGCAUUCUGAAGCUCUACUUUCAAUAUGGUUAUAGUCCACCAGCGUGAAAUGCGAAUACUUGUAGUCUUUCCCCUGGUCUUAAGAUUUUGUUCUGGAGUGUAUUUGGUUAAAUAUCUCCUGCCCAUUCUCGACUCAACUAUGCAGUUUACGCGGCCGACCACAAGCUUCUUGUUGUAUCUGUGACUAUUCCUCUCGACAAAGUUGGUGACAUAGACUUGUUUCUCCAUUACGGUCCACAUAUUCUUAUUGUAAGGACUUUGGGAAGGCUAGUCUAAAACCUUAUUUCUAGCCUGAUUAAGCCAUUUCUUUACCACCUUGAAUCAUAGACAUAGUUGGAUCCGAUGGCGGGGAAGACUGCCGGACAGACCUGGUAAACCCAAACGUGUAGUGCGGGUGAACUGGGAACAACUGGCGGAGGACCCUGUCCGUAGGGUUUUCAACUCCCAUCUCCGGAAGAGUUUCUCCUGCAUCCCGGGGGAGGUUGGGGACAUGGAUUCUGAGUGGUCCAUGUUCAAAGCCUCCAUUGCAGAAGCAGCUGUUAGGAGCUGUGGUCUGAAGGUCACUGGUGCCUGUCGCGGCAGCAAUCCAAGGACCCGCUGGUGGACACCAGUGGUGAGGGAGGCCGUCAGGCUGAAAAAGGAGACUUUUCGAGCCUGGUUGGCUCGGGGGUCUCUUGAAGCAGCUGACAGGUACCGGCUGGCCAAAAGGGCGGCAGCUGCGGCAGUUGUGGAAGCUAAAACUCGGGUGUGGGAGGAGUUCGGGGAGGCCAUGGAGAAGGACUUUCGGUCGACCUCGGAGGAAGUUCUGGCAAACCAUUCGACGCCUCAGGAAGGGGAGGCAGGGCUUCGCUCAGGCUGUGUAUGGUCGGGGUGGAGAACUGCUGACCCGUACUAGGGAUAUCGUCGGGCGGUGGAAAGAGCACUUCGAGGAACUCCUGAACCCGGUAAACAUGUCCUCUAUGGAGGAGGCAGAGCCUGAAGACUCGGGGGUAUCUGCGUCCAUAUCCGUGGCAGAGGUCGCCGAGGUAGUUAAAAAGCUCCUCGGUGGCAAGGCGCCAGGUGUGGACGAGAUUCGCCCUGAGAUGCUGAAGGCUCUGGACAUUGUUGGACUGUCUUGGUUGACACGUCUAUACAAUGUCGCGUGGGCAUCGGGUACAGUACCUGGGGAGUGGCAGACCGGGGUGGUGGUCCCUAUUUUUUAAAAAGGGGGAUCGGAGAGUGUGUGCCAACUACCGUGGUAUCACACUUCUCAGCCUCCCCGGGAAAGUUUACUCCAGGGUGCUGGAAGGGAGGAUUCGGCCGAUAGUCGAACUUCGGAUUCAGGAGGAGCAAUGCGGAUUCCGUCCCGGUCGUGGAACAGCGGACCAGCUCUUUACCCUUGCGGAGCUGCUGAGGGGGUCAUGGGAGUAUGACCUGCCAGUCUACAUGUGUUUCGUAGAUCUGGAGAAGGCGUACGACCGUGUCCCCCGAGGGGCUUUGUGGGGGGCACUGCGGGAGUAUGGGGUCCGAGGCUCGUUGUUACGGGCCGUUCGGUCCCUAUACAACCAAAGUGAGAGCUGUGUCCACAUACUCGGCAUUAAGUCAGACACGUUUCCGGUGGGUGUUGGACUCCGCCAGGGCUGCCCCUUGUCUCUAAUCCUGUUUGUGGUUUUCAUGGACAGGAUUUCAAGACGCAGUCGUGGUGGGGAGGGUUUUCGGUUUGGGAGCCUCAGGAUCGCUUCUCUGCUUUUUGCGGAUGAUGUGGUUUUGUUGGCAUCCUCAGACCGUGACCUCUGGCACGCACUGGAGCGGUUUGCAGCCGAGUGUGAAGCGGCAGGGAUGCGGAUCAGCACCUCCAAGUCCGAGGCCAUGGUUCUCUGCUGGAAACCGGUGGAGUGCUUCCUCCGGGUUGGGGGGGAGUUGCUUCCCCAAGCGAAGGAGUUUAAGUAUCUCGGGAUCUUGUUCACGAGUGAUGGGAAAAUGGAGCGUGAGAUGGACAGGCGGAUUGGUGCGGCGUCAGCAGUAAUGCGGGCGUUGUACCGAACCGUCGUGGUGAAGAGGGAGCUGAGCCGUAAGGCGAAGCUCUCGAUUUACCAGUCCAUCUAUGUUCCAACCCUCACCUAUGGUCAUGAGCUUUGGGUAGUGACCGAAAGAACAAGAUCGCGGAUACAAGCGGCCGAAAUGAGCUUCCUCCGUAGGGUGGCUGGGCUCAGCCUUAGAGAUAGGGUGAGGAGCUCAGACAUCCGGAGGGAGCUCGGAGUAGAGCCGCUGCUCCUUCGCAUCGAAAGGAGCCAGUUGAGGUGGUUUGGCCACCUGAUUCGGAUGCCUCCAGGGAGACUUCCUCUGGAGGUUUUCCGAGCACGUCCGUCUGGGAGGAGACCCCGGGGCAGACCCAGAACUCGCUGGAGAGAUUAUAUAUCUCGUCUGGCCUGGGAACGCCUCGGGAUCCCCCAGGAAGAGCUGGAAAGCGUCGCCGGGGGGAGGGACGUCUGGAACGACCUGCUUCGCCUGCUGCCCCCGCGACCUGGCCCCGGAUAAGCGGAGGAAAAUGGAUGGAUGGAUGGAUCAUAGACAUAUUCAGUCUAUGCUUUGAAUGUGUAUUCAGGGUUGUUGUCUUCUUUACAUACCCAGCAGCAUUCAAGACCAAACUGGAUGAUGAUUUUAGGUUUUCCUGAAGGUUAUGGAGACAAUCCUCCUUCUUUAUCAUUCCAUUUACUUUCUGUGAAACACCAGUUCCAGUGGCACCAGAAUGUCCCUCAGCAGCAGGUGGUAGCUUGUGUCUUCUUCCUAAACAUGGUUGUGACACACAGUACCGUGCACUUUAUAUUUACAAACAGUUGUUUUCACAGAUGAUUUAGGGAUCUGUAGCUACUUUGAAAUGGUUCCAAGUUACUUUUUCCGACUUGUUCCAGUCUGUGAUUUGCUUUUUCGUAUCUGUUUUGAGCUCCUCAGAGUCAGACUUUCUCAUUGUAGUGCUCAUAGGAAAUCCAAAAGCAACUUUGAAUUGUUGGGUUCUCUGGUAUUUGUAAUUGUUAAGGUCUGUACCCUACUAUGUUGUGCUGUGAGAUGACGUAUGUUGUGAAUCUGCGCUAUGUAAAUAAAUCUGAAUUGAAAGAG